UUUUAAAUCCAAAUCAGUCACUCCAAGGAACUCUGGUUAAGUAAACGUUUACCAGAAUUAAUGGGUUAAUUUCAUAAUGCAACUUUGGCAUUUAAUUUCUUACAUACAUCUCUACGCCGUCGCCGUGGUCACGGCCAAAAGACUGGUCCACACGAAGCUCCAGAACGAGCCCGCCUUUCAGUCAGAUCACAUUCAACCAGAAGCACGUGUGGUUGGCGGUACAGAUGCCGAUCCUGGAUUCGCUUCAUAUCAAAUCUCCUUGCAGGGCAUGUAUAGCCCGCAUAUGUGCGGUGGCGUUAUCAUAGACAAACAAUGGGUACUCACCGCAGCGCAUUGCGUUUACGGCUACAAUCCGCCUUACUUACGCAUCAUGACCGGCACAGUGGUGUGGCAGAAUCCUCGUGCAACGUACUACCCAGACGAGUUCUACACACAUUGCAACUAUAAUAAUCCGGAUUAUGCAAAUGACAUUGCGCUCGUACACUUAAAUGACUCAAUUAUUUUCGAUCAAUACACGCAACCCAUACCGUUGGCCUCCAAGCCAGUACGUGAUGAUGCGGAGGCUAUACUCACCGGUUGGGGUGAUGUUGCGUACGGGGGCCCUAGCGCAGAGGUUUUACAGAAAAUCACAUUACGUACGCUGAGUUAUAAGAGUUGCGGGGAGAAGUUUGACUCUGAUGUGGAGGCACUAGACGUGGGUCACAUCUGCACAUUCACGAAGGAGGGCGAAGGUUCAUGUCACGGUGACUCGGGUGGUCCUUUGAUUAGUGACGGCGAACUGAUCGGUUUGGUUAAUUGGGGUAGGCCCUGCGCACUUGGCUUUCCGGAUGCAUAUGCGAGCAUUUAUUUCUAUCGCGAUUGGAUUCGUCGUGUAAUGUCAGGCAAAUGUAAGACGUGCCAUUGUGAAGAAAGUAAUUACCCAUUCUUAAGGUAAUUAUGAUGAAAUGAAAAUAAAGUUUUGAAUUUUAUUUGAA